AUGUCCGACGCUACGGCCGCGAGCUACAAGAAGCUCAAGGAAGACUUUGUCUCCAACCUCUCUGGUGGCUCCGCCUCCGAAGUCAACUAUGUGACCGCAGUCGCUCCCGUCGCCGUCCUGCUGUGGUCUGUCCUCCAAUCACGCCAAUCCUUCUUUAAACCGUACACCCUGCUGGGAGCUGCCGCCGACUUCCUCCUCAACGUCACCGCCAUCCUCCUCUCCACGACCCUCUACGCCUCCUCCCCCUUGCUACUGUGCGCCCUCCUCCUCGGCCCCGUCAUCCUCAUCUAUGCGCUGCCUCCCAACAUCGGCGCCAGUCGCAAGAGGCCCGCUAUACCUCCCAAUGCGAAGCCCAAGGCCGGCGCCGGCGCCGGCGCUGCGUCACUCUUCGUGCUGCCCGUGAAGCCCUUCCUGACGCACUACCGGGGCAGCAUGCUGGUCAUCACUUGCAUCGCCAUCCUCGCCGUCGACUUCCGCCUCUUUCCGCGCCGCUUCGCCAAGGUCGAGACAUGGGGCACAUCGCUGAUGGACAUGGGCGUUGGUUCCUUCGUCUUCAGCGCCGGCGUUGUCGCUGCUCGCCCUGUCUUGAAAGAACGCGCAGAGGGUCGAUCGGUACCCCUGACGACACGUCUGCUGCAGUCGAUGCGCCACUCCUUACCGCUGCUCGUUCUGGGUGUCAUCCGCUUGCUCAGUGUCAAGGGUCUCGACUACGCUGAACAUGUCACCGAGUAUGGCGUCCACUGGAACUUCUUCUUCACACUGGGUUUCUUGCCGCCGUUUAUAGCCAUCUUCCAGUCCGCGCUCAAGAUUGUGCCUAGCUACGCCGCCCUCGCCAUCAUCCUGAGUGUCUUGUAUCAAGUCGCUCUGGAGAGCACCGACUUGAAGGCUUACAUACUGACCGCGCCGAGGACUGACCUUGUCUCCAUGAACCGAGAGGGCAUCUUCAGUUUCUUCGGCUACCUGGCCAUCUUCCUCGCGGGACAGGAUACAGGAAUGUACGUCCUGCCUCGGAGCCUCAACAUCAAAAGCGAUUCCACUCCUGCUACCCAGCGCAAGACUCUUCUCAUGAUGAUGGCCGUAUGGUCUGCUGCGUGGACCGGGCUAUACUUUUUGACCACCAGCAACAGCUACGGCGACGGCCUAAACGUCUCACGUCGUCUCGCGAACCUCCCCUACGUUCUGUGGACCGCGGCGUUCAACUCGACACAGCUUCUAGCAUACGCCCUAGUGGACACAAUCUUCUUCCCGUCCUUUUACAACGCGACUGACGCGAGGACGGAGAAGGAGGCGUAUGAGACGGCGACCAGCAGGGUGUUCCGUGCCUAUAACCGCAAUGGCUUGUUUCUGUUCCUGAUCGCAAACGUCUUGACUGGAUUGGUCAAUAUGACGGUGCCGACGCUGCAUCUUGGACCCAUGGCAACGAUAGGCAUCUUGGUUACGUACAGUGGAGCAAUCACGAGCAUCGCUCUGGGACUGGACGCGUACAACAUCUCCAUCAAGUUAUAG